ACUGUUUGUUCGUUAAAAUAAUCAAUUUUGCCAGUUAAAAAACAAUUUAUUUUUACCACGUUUAUAGUUAAUUUAAUUUUUUAUUAAAAAUUCAUAUUAUUUAAAAUAGAGGCGAGUAAAGAAUUUUAUAUUAUAAAAAUAUUUAUACUUUUGUAUUUUUCACAAGUAGCAAUGUGGCAGUAAAACAUUAAGGCCUCAAAAUAAAUAGUUUUUUUUUAUCACGUGACAAAAAAAAAAAAAAAAAAAAAUUCAUUCAAACUAAUUUCAAAACUAUACAUUUAUCCCAGAUAAUAAUUGGUGAAGUUUUAUUUUUCAAUUAUAAUUAUUUAUAUUUUUUAUUUAAUAACAAACGAGUAAAAAUAAAUUAUUCUAAAUUCUAAAAUUUAUUAAAAUAAUUAUAAUAAAUUAACUAUGUCAUUAUCUCAUAAAGAAAUGAUGGAUUUUUUACAAAAGCAAGUGGAAUUUGUUUUAAAUGAUAAAAAUCUUUCUAAUUUGAAAUUUCAAUUUUCAAAUGCAUGUAAGGAUGGUGAAAAUUUUUUGGGAUCAUUAUAUCGUGUUAAAAUAAAUGGCGAAAAAAAUGGUGAAAAUAAAGAAUUAAAUUUAAUUAUUAAAUGUAUUCCCAACGAUGAAAAAUUAAGUAUUCUUUUAAGAGGACGAGAGAUAUUUCUCAAUGAAAUUGCACUCUAUGAAGAACGAAUGCCAAUAAUUAUGAAUUUUUUAAAAGAAUUUAAUUUACAAUAUAACGACUGUCCUGCUUACUACGGAGGAUGUAAAACGCCAAGAAAAGAGGCUUUAGAAAAUGAAGAUCAACAUUAUGUGAAUAAAAUUAAACGACUUAAAGAAAAUGCACAACAAGCUAUUGAUUAUGCAUGUGAUAGUAGAAAUGCAGAGCCUUAUGCGACUUUUAAUCAUGGUGAUUUAUGGACCUGCAAUAUGUUAUUUAAAUAUAAUGAAAAUUCAGAGCCAGAAGAUGUUCGUUUUCUUGACUUUCAACUCAAUAGAUAUGGUUCACCGGCAAUGGACAUCCUUUACACAUUCUUUACUUGUCUCACACAGGAAAUGAGAGACAAAUAUUAUGACGAAUUAUUGCAUCAUUAUCAUGAUUCAUUAUCUCAAUUAUUGAAAAAAUUAAAUUGUGAUAUUGAAAAACUUUUUCCAUUUGAUGUUCUAUUGGAACAUCUUCAACGUUUUGGAUCCUAUGGGGCCUGUAUGUCGGUUAUAGAUAUUCAUCUUUUCACCGCACGCGAUAUUGAUGAUCCACAACCACUUUAUCAUAUUGAUUUUCUUAGAACAUUGCCGACACUUUUGAAAACUAAUAAAUUAUAUCAUCAAAUACUCAGAGAUUCACUAAAAGAUAUGGUAGAUAGAAAUUAUAUAUAAAAUUUUGUAAAUUAUUUAGAAAAUUUUAAAUAGUAUUUUAUAUAAUAUGAAAUUUAGUGAAUUUUUAAGUAUAAUAUUUGGUCUAUCAAAUUUGAAGGAACACUAAAU